CCUUGGUGGUAGCUCAACAUGGCAAAUUCAUAACCUCAUUCGUCUAAUGCACUCUACAUGCAUGCAGAACUUGUUCGUGGCGGGCACGGACACAACAUUGAUCAUGGUGGAGUGGGCCAUGGCAGAGCUGAUCCGGCACCCGGACACCCUGAAGCAGGCGCAGGAAGAGCUGGACACCAUCGUGGGCCGUGAGAGGCUCAUCUCGGAGUCACACCUGCCGCGCCUCACCUUCCUGAGCGCGGUCAUCAAGGACACUUUCCGGCUGCACCCAUCGACGCCGCUCUUGCUACUGCGGAUGGCCACUGAGGAGUGUGAGACCGCCGGCUACCGCAUUCCCAAGGGGACAGAGCUUCUAGUGAAUGUGUGGGGGAUCGCCCACGAUCCGGCCCUGUGGCCCGACUCGCUGGAGUUCAGGCCUGCCUGGUUCCUCCCCGGAGGGUCGCAUGCUGACGUCGACGUCAAGGGAGGUGACUUCGGGCUGAUACCAUUUGGGGCGGGCCGGAGGAUAUGCGCGGGCCUCAGCAGGGGCAUUAGGAUGGUUGCCGUGACCACCGCCACGUUGGUGCACUCGUUCAACUGGGAGCUGCCAGCAGGCCAGACGCCGGACAUGGAGGGGACAUUUUCUCUGCUGCUGCAGCUGGCCGUGCCAUUGAUGGUCCACCCGGUGCCUAGGCUGCUCCCAUCGGCAUACCAAAUCGCAUAA